GUGGGACCGUCACGCGCACUACCAUCGAGUAAAGCAGGGGCGUAGUAUAAUCCACGGCGUGCAACUUUGAACAUGCUUAUCAAAGUCAAAACGCUCACUGGCAAGGAGAUUGAGUUGGACAUAGAUCUCGAAGACAAGAUUACUCGCAUCAAAGAGAAGGUUGAAGAGCAGUCUGGUGUGCCACCACAACAACAGAGGUUGAUCUUCGGUGGGAGACAGAUGCCGGACGACAAGACUGCCAAGGAGUUCAACAUCUCCGCAGGAUCAGUUCUCCACCUUGUCCUUGCUCUACGUGGCGGCUUUUGAGAUCGCGGACGGUUGUUGCGCGUGUUGAAAUCGUGCUAUAGCAAGGCAGAAACUCAAUCAUCGCGAGAUGUACUUUGUGUGUUAUUAGAUAUCAUUCAUAAUUGAUUUUCAAUUCUUGUAUCGCUCUCA